AUGGGCAUCAUCGGCAUCCGCACGGCCACCCUGCUCCUCGCUGCCCUCGCGUGGCGUAGUGUGCUCGUUGCCGCCGCCGGCGAGGCGGACGGCGUGUUCAACGUCAAGGACUACGGUGCUCGAGGCGACGGCACCACGGACGACACCAAGGCGUUCAUAGACGCAUGGAGCGCGGCGUGCGGCGCCAGAGGCUCGUCGGCGUCGCUGCUCGUACCGGCGGGCAAGUCCUUCCUCGUCGGCCCCGCCAGAUUCAGCGGGCCCUGCGCCUCCACCAGAAUUACCGUCCAGGUCAUGGGCACGAUUACGGCGCCACCGCCGGGCGCAUGGAGCGGGCAGAAAUAUUGGAUGAUGUUCUACCAGGUCCAGGGGCUCACGGUUACCGGCGGCAGCACCGGCUUGCUCGACGGCAGAGGCCGGUCGUGGUGGUGGAGCGAUCAAUGCAACCGCUACGGUGACAUAUAUAAGGCGCCGACGGCCUUGGUGGUCAUGAACUGCACCGACGUGGAGCUGAGCAAAUUCAGCAGCAAGAACAGCUCGCAGAUGCAUAUUGCCGUCAGCCAGAGCAGCAAGGUCCACCUGACGCAGCUGACCACCACCGCGCCCUGGGACAGCCCCAACACCGACGGCGUGCACAUCGACCAGAGCGAAGACGUCCGCGUCACCAGAUCGACCAUGGGCACCAGCGGCGAAUGCGUCUCCAUCGGCCCCGGGAGCCGAUUCGUCACCGUGGACGGAAUCGUCUGCGGCCCCGGCCGUGCUGUAAGUGUGGGGAGCCUUGGCAAGAAGGGAGCAACCGAAUCCGUGGAGUACAUCGACGUAAAAAACGUCCACUUCAUCAAUACCUUGAGUGGAGCAAGGAUCAAGACGUGGCAGGGUGGGAAAGGUUACGCGAGAUCCAUCUCCUUCACCAACAUAAACUUCACCAACGUGGACAAUCCUGUGGUCAUCAACCAGUUCUAA